CAUUCUUUAUCAGAGACUGGUUCUCAAUAUUCAACAUGCGCUCGUUUUAUGCUUUCGCUCCUUUGACCGUGGCGCUGCGCGCUGCUGCCAUGUACGAUGACUGGUACUUUGGCAACAUGUUCACUCUCGGACCUACCAGCGACGAUGUAUACAUCACCAAGGCUACCUACUCGCUCGUUCCCCCUCCUGUUCCUUGCGGCUCUGUCCAGGACAAGAGCGAGGCACCCUGGUUGUCUAUCUGGGUUGGAGUGUCGGAGUCGAUGUCCAGCCAGGCGGAGGAUUUGUUCCAGCCGUUGCUGAACUGGUCGCCGGAUCAGGAGUCACAGGCUUGUCCGGCGACGAACAAGGAGUGGUGUGUUGCUACUAGCACCUAUCACUUAUCCGGCCAGGUUCAGCAGCCAUACGUGACUGUCCCUAAUGACUCUCAGCUCGACUUUACCAUCACCGUCGACAACGAAUCCGACAAAAUCAUCCAACAAGUCUCCAUCAACGGCAAGGAAGUCUCCAAACAAUCUGACGCCAAAUCCAUCAGCCCUAGAUUCAUUUAUUCCAGCAACGAGUGCUACCUUGACGCCUGCGGUACCGUCAACAGCUACACCUGGUCCAACAUGACCAUUCACCUCAGUGGCGCGGACAAGAGCUUUGGUGACAGCCUUGCUCUGGACGAGGCUUCGAGCAGUGGCUUGAAGACCUCCGACAAUGGAAAGACGUGGCAUGUGGACUCGAUUAAGAUUGACAAGGAUUACUUCUACGAAGAUAAGGAGAAGAGGGAGUGUUCGUCUUCGUAAGAGUCUGGUUGAUGUGGGAUCAUAAAAAAGGGCUGGCAGAUAAUUUAAUAUUGUAUAUUUAACAAGAAUGGCUGGUCUAUAUGCAUCCUUUUAAGCACAGAUCGAUAUAUACAUCUUCAAUCGCCGAAAGACAAAUUUUGUGCAUCGCUCUAGUAAAAGCUUAAUCAAGCCAGGGAAGGUGCAAGAGAUAUGCGCAGUAUAUCUAAGCGUGAUGCCUUUCUUGCAAAAUGAUAUGGUUGAAGGUACUCAUAGCAAACUAUUG